UGGAGCACUACAAAGACGUGCUGCAGCCAAUGGCCGUGCUCGACCUGCUGCAGGCGCUCACAGACUCUGGCUGUGUGAUGAGGAAGACUCUGGUGAGAGCUGCUAAACCUUCGCUGUUCGCCCGCGCUGUGAAGACGAGCAGAGAGACGAAGGCGAUGAUGGAGGAACCGGACUGCGUGUUCUACGAGCCGACCAUCAGCUGCUUCCUGCGGCUCGGCCAGAUGCUUCCCAACGAGCGACACUGGAACAGCUGCAUGCCCUGAAGUCAUCCUGGAGCAGAGACUUAAUAUGGCUUUUUAAAGAUCAAGUUUAAAAUGUUCUCUCCACAAUCAGUUUGUUGUGAUAAACCUAAAAGAUUUGAUUUGACUAAAUGUUUCAUGGCAUCAGGUUAUUUGACAGAUUUCACUUCUGGUUUUACAGAACAGGGAUUUCUUUGUACAUUUAUUUGUUAAAACCUUUCGUCUGUGUUCCUUUUGUUUUAACAUUAAUAAAAAAAAUAAUAAUUA